AUGGAGUUCCCCGAGGGCAGAGCUCGCGAUUAUGCCGGCUCAACAUCCUUCCCGGACCUAAUGAAUGACCCGGCCUACCAAACGAACUACAAAGGGAAGGAAAGGGAAUAUGAAGAACCGGACACUUGUCGCAUAUGUCGCGGCGAGGGUACCGAGGAGGAGCAACUAUUCUACCCGUGCAAAUGUAGCGGAAGUAUUAAGUUCGUUCAUCAAGCAUGCUUGGUAGAGUGGUUGUCCCAUUCCCAGAAGAAGCAUUGCGAGCUCUGCAAAACGCCCUUCCGCUUUACAAAGCUAUACGAUCCUAAUAUGCCCCAAAGCCUUCCAGCUCCGCUUUUCCUCCGGCAGCUCCUCAUCCAUAGCUUUCGUACUGUCGUCACAUGGCUGCGUUUCGUUCUGGUCGCGUUCGUCUGGCUUGGGUGGUUACCGUGGUCCAUGAGAGCUAUUUGGAGAGCGCUCUUCUGGCUUGCGGAUGGCCGUUGGUCUGGAGCGGAUGCUUCCCAGCAACCGUCUUCCGAUCUUCUAGCCCAGGCUGUAGCAAAUGGAACUCCUUCCAUGAACGCGGGAGCAGCUGCCACUGCAUCAACAGGAGCACCCGAUGUGUCAACAGUGCAAUCACCAGUAUCAUCCAUGUUUAGUUUCUCCUCCGGCGAGCCGAUACUUCUCACGGUCAUUAAAAAGUCCUUUUCUGCCCUGUUCUUUCCGGCGAUGUCAGGUACCAGCUCCAUGGGCAUCAGGCCUUCAAACGUGACGACAGCAUCAUACAAGCCACGACGCCCAUCCUGGCUCUCGGACGUGGAGUUCCUUAAUUCCUUAACGCCAUCACCCACAAUAAACAACAUCCUCAUUGACACCUUAGAAGGACAGUUAAUAACUCUCUUGGUGGUCAUCUCUUUCAUCUUGAUCUUCCUCAUCCGGGAGUGGGUUGUCCAACAGCAGCCGAUGGCCAACAUUGCAGAGGGUGAGCGGGAAGCAGCGGUCCAAUUGAUUGCUAACAACCGUCCAAAUCAGCGCCCUGAGGAUAACCAGCCGGAGCUACGUGCGCCCCAACCAGCAGAUAUACCUCGCGAUGAAGGUACUCAUGAACAUGUUGAAGAUAUCGCCGGUCGUGCGGAUGAAGUGCAGCUUGGUUCUUCGGCCGGAUCCGAUCCAUUUCGCCUGGAAUCGUCGUUCCGCGAUGGUAGCUCGGCUAGUUCUAGCGACUCGGAUACCCAAGGACCUAGUACAUCGCACUUUUUCCGGCACAAUAGUGAGAGCGAGGAUGAUUUGAAUCCGUUGUCUCUGGAACAGUCGACUUCUCACGGCAGUCAGGUUUGGCCGGGUGUGGAGACAUUCAGGGACCUCUGGGCGCGUGGCAAUGGCGAUCCUGAGCAGGUCUUGAGACUAGUGCGGGAGGAAGGCCGCCAGGAUGAGCUAGGCUGGAUCGUCACGGCAAUGACGAAGCUUCAACGAAACGAUAACAUGCGCGCUUCUUGGAGGCGUGAGUCUCCCCUCCAAGAGGCCGCUAGUUCUGAUUCACUCGACGAUCAUACGGAGAUGGAGAAUGUACCGGGUCCGACCCGAUCGGCGUUUCUGGAACCCUCAUCAUCCGCCGCAGUUCGUCAGCCCUGGGACAUCGCGACCGUGUCCCAACCGCUUGGAACUGGCAUGGAUUCUGAUCAGCCACAGCGCGAGUCUGCUCAUGAUAAUAUCGAUGCCACACUACGUGCUUCGGGCGAUUUUCAAAUGCUAUCUGACUCGGUACCUUCCGGCGACAGUGACAUGCAGUCGGACCAAGCCCACGGUGCUUCUGCUUCCUCCCAUGUCGCCACAUCAAAUACUGAAGGGCCUUCACAGAAUGCCAUGUCGACAGUGCGACAUGAUCAAGCUGCUGUUCCUCCGAAGAAUCUGAUCGCUAGACUGUUCGAUUGGUUUUGGGCUGAUAUCAAUCCUGCCGAUCAAGGCCAAGAUCGUGCACAGGACGAUGACGAACAUUUGGUUGACGACCCAGCUUUGGAAGCGCCAUUCGUUCCCAUACAGAACAACAGACGACUUGCCAAUGACGAUGGACAAAACAAUCAAGCAAUUGCCCCUGAAUUCGGUGUUGAUCCAAACGAUGUCGAUGCCGUAGAGGAUGGGGAUGAUUUGGAGGGAAUACUCGAGCUUAUUGGCAUGCAGGGCCCCAUCUUCGGUCUUUUGCAGAAUGGGGUGUUCAGCGCACUCCUGAUAUCGUUCACUGUGGCCAUUGGAAUCUGGCUCCCCUAUCUAUGGGGCAAAAUUGCACUUGUGCUACUAGCAAAUCCGGUACAACUGAUCUUCGGUGUCCCAAUGACUGCUAUAUCUGUUUUUGCAGACGUUACGCUGGACACUCUCAUUGGCAGCUUGGGCUAUGUCAUGUACUGGAUUAGUCUCAUUUGCAAAGUGCUGCUGAGCCCUUUCGGUGCCUUUGUUCCUUUGGGAGACUGGAUUCCGCAGACCAAGUCUGUAACCAGUGCCUCGUUGUCCCUGAUCGAUGCCAGCGGUCACCGAUUACGGAAUGCUCUUCAGGCCUUCUUCGUCUUUCAUGAAUCCGACGUCCCCAUGUUCUCCGUUCUAUCCCAUCAAGCUCUUAAGAUCCAUCAAGCGCGCAUUGCGGCCUUGGCUCAGUCGACUUUGGCAGCUGGCAAAUUCAUCCUACACGACUUCCCUCUUCGGAUUAUGUCCCACGGGAUCGCGGGCGCCCUUUCACUCGAGGGUGGACUUGGCGACAUUACCAUGGUGCUAAUGCAGGCGCGCGAUCAGGUGUACGAGUUUGGUCAUCAAAUACUAUACUCAUCUAACGGCACGAACUGGUUUAGCACCAGUUUGAGCGGUCCAGCUUCGGCGGGCAUCACCGUGAGUUAUGAUCUAGCUGUGUGGGAUACGAAGGAUCGUGUCAUUGCCAUCUUUAUGGGCUACCUCCUUGCAUCGGCCCUUGGGCUCCUGUACUUGCGUUUCACCACCCUGCUUUCUGGUGGCGAGCGUGGACAGAGGGUUGAGGGCAUUAUUGCCGACAUCCUUCAUCAAGCCGGCGGAGUUAUGAAGGUAAUUCUCAUCAUCGGGAUUGAAAUGAUAGUGUUCCCGCUAUAUUGCGGCUCGUUGCUUGAUAUUGCGCUGUUGCCCCUGUUUGAAAAUGCCACGGUUGCAUCGCGUCUCGAAUUCACCUCCUCGUCUCCUCUUACAUCUCUUUUUGUGCACUGGUUCAUUGGCACGUGUUACAUGUUCCACUUUGCCCUUUUCGUGUCCAUGUGCAGGAAGAUAAUGAGGAGCGGUGUUCUCUACUUUAUUCGCGAUCCAGACGAUCCGACAUUCCAUCCGGUGCGAGAUGUCUUAGAGCGCAACAUCACCACUCAGCUGCGCAAGAUUGCAUUCAGUGCCCUUGUAUAUGGAGCCCUAGUCAUCGUUUGUCUUGGGGGUGUUGUGUGGGGGCUAUACUACGCCUUCGAUGAUGUGCUUCCCGUCCACUGGUCCGCUACUAUUCCUGUCUUGGAAUUCCCCGUGGAUCUGUUAUUCUACAACUUUGUUAUGCCGCUUGCACUCCAGUCAAUCAAGCCAUCGGACGGUCUACACAAUCUCUAUGACUGGUGGUUCCACAAGUGCGCACGGUUCUUGCGUCUGAGCGACUUUUUCUUCGGCGACAGGCGGCCUGAUGAAGAGGGAUACCAUGUCCGUCGGACCUGGUGGGACGUCUUGUCGGCCGCUAAAGGGGAUCCAGAACACCCAGUUGCCGAUGGGCAGCAGCAAAAUGACGCGAGCGAGAAGCAGUCCAAUGUGUACUUCACCCGCGAUGGGCGAUUCGUCCGGGCUCCUGCUUCGGACCAGGUCCGCAUACCCAAGGGAAGUCAAGUGUUCCUUGAGGUCACAGAGUCCAACCAGCGGGUCGAUGGAGCUCCGGAUCUGGACCAGGGUCUCCAUGGUCGGGCCAAUGAGAACUUCACCAAGGUCUACAUCCCUCCACGCUUCAGGACCCGCAUUGCAGCCUUCAUCCUGUUGAUCUGGGUGUUUGCUGCUGCUACCGGUGUAGGCAUCACAGUUGUUCCUCUGGUCAUUGGCCGGAAGGUAAUGUUGUCAACCUUCCCUCACCGGCCGCUAAACGACGUGUAUGCCUUCUCCACAGGCAUGUCCAUCGUCGGCGCGGCUGCCUAUGUCCUGUACUAUUGUCGCCCAUUCGUUGCCGCGGCGCAAGACCGCCUGAACCCUUACCUGCAGUCCCCUCGGGAGGCGUGUGUUGGGGCCGUACACGCUCUUCUCAAUGUUGCUCAGCUUGUUUACGUUCUCGCCUCCUUCUCCAUCCUCCUGCCGUCUUUGUUUGCCCUGAUCAUGGAACUGUAUAUCUUGGUCCCUGUGCACACAUACGUCGGAGGACCCCAGGCCCAUGUCAUCCAUUUCAUCCAGGACUGGACGCUUGGCGUGCUUUAUGUCCAAAUGGCCGUCAAAUUUGUUUUGUGGAAUUCUGCGUCCCGCCCGGCGGCAGCACUGAAUGCUAUCUUCCGGGAUGGUUGGUUGAAGCCUAAUGCGAAAAUUACGACCCGGGCUAUCCUGUUACCGGUGAUCCUGCUUGCCACGCUCGCGGUAGUGCUGCCCUUAUCCAUUGGAUUCACCGUGAACACCACAGUGUUCUACUCCACUCCUGACGUUCAGUCCAAGGUCUACCGCUAUGCCUACCCCGCAACUUUGGUGAUAAGUCUAAUAGGCUGGCUCGUCUAUUUGGUACGGCGUCAGGUGGAGAUCUGGCGAGUCAAUAUCCGCGAUGAUGUCUACUUGAUCGGGGAACGCCUACAUAACUUCCGCGAGAAGCGGGCGCGCGAUGUCGGUGUGCCUCGGCGGGUGAUUACCGGUUGA